GCCUUCUCCCUCUCCCUCCUAUUUCUCUCUCUCUUUCCGUCUCGCUGCAAAAUUCAAAAUCCAAAAUUCUGCUUGUCCAACAGAUCUAUCUCAGACUGCCUCCUUCUUCCCUCUCCAAAACCCUACCCCGCCACCCAAUCCCCUACUUCCCACUCAUUUCUUCUUCCUCACCCUGCAAAAAUUUGCUAAGUGGGUUUUGUGGACAAGGUCGCGAAUCUGAACCGGGAGUCUGCGGUUGUUGGAGUUUUGGCGCAAAAGGGCUUUCAGCAAACAUGGAAGAUCAAGCCGAUUCUGGGUUGCCUACUGGAUCUGCUUCCAUGAUUGUCGGCGAUAAACGAGGCUGUGACGACAUGGGGGAGGAGCAGGAAACUACGCACAAGCGGGUUAAAACGAGAAAUCUCGACGCCGUGUUGAGGGUUCAAGAUGCAGAUUCUUGUCAAGUCCAAAGAAGUGGUACAACAACUUUGACACAGUCAGCUGAAGUCAAUCUUGUUCAUGGCCAACUGGAUCUCAAUAGUAAAGCUUGUACCGGUUAUGAUUCUACAAGAAGUGAUACCCUACAUAGUGCAGUUAACUGUGAUGAAGUUGCCAACAAAUGUGCAACGUCUCUUGGCAUUGGCUUGGAUUUCAAUGCAGCAAACAUUGCUAGCUCAGGGAACCAUUACCGGGUCUACCCGAACAAAGCUCCCAAAAGCUGGCAAAACUCAAGGGAUGUAUCUGAAUGUGCAAGUACUACAGGUCCGGUGGUGGAUAAAGAUCCCUUGAAAGUUUGGAAGGAGAUGAAGCAGAAUGGGUUUCUCUCAGCUCCUCAUGGUGGGAUAUCAAGUCAAAGCAAUCUCCUUUCAUCUUCUUCUCAUGGACCACCGCAUGGAGGGGUACCGGUGCCCAAGCAACGUGGGAGGAAACCCAAGAAUAAUGACAUCACGAAGAAGAGAAUGGAGAUGGCAAAGAGAGAACAGGUGGAUAGAUUCACAAAGAUUGCAGCUCCAAGUGGACUGCUGAAUGAUCUCAACCCGGGGAUUAUCAACCAUGUGAGGAAUAGCAAGCAGGUACGCUCCAUUAUUGAGGCUUUAGUGAAGUCCGAGAAGCACGAGGAUAAUCGUGAAGAAAGAAGCAGAAGGGAUAGCCAUCUAAAAGCUGGAAGCAAAGGAUUUGGUGGAAAUGAAAGCUCGUCAACUGCUGUGUUUGAAAGUAAGCUUAUCGGAGGGUUCACGAUAUCAAGUAGAGAGUGUGAUUCCAGCGCUGUUAGGGGGAUGUGCGGAGGAAGCAGUCUUUCCUACUCUCACCCUGUAGGUGAAGAUGGACUUGUGCUGAAAUUAUCAUCUUCAAUGAAAGUGCCUCAAGAAUCUAGCAGCUUUUCCAACAAUGAAUCUGCAGAUGGCACCAAUGCCUCUUCUCUUUCUGCUAAAGCGGCCAGUGUUGCUUCCCAGUGGUUGGAGCUUGUUCAGCAAGACAUCAAAGGACGGCUUACUGCUUUGCGGCGUAGCAAGAGGAGGGUGAAAGACGUCAUAACUACUGAUCUACCUAUGUUGAUAUCAAGAGAAUUCGGCUCCCACCAAGAGAGCACCGACCCUUACAACAUGCAGGCUGCUGCAAUGCAUCAAGCGAGAUGGACCCUGAAGUUUGAUCAAAUGGAUAAAGCACUCUCUGAAGAACAGAGACAACUUGAAAGUUGGCUGUGCCAGCUGAAAGAGAUGCAACUGCACUGCGAUCAUGGGUUGCAGCAUUACCAAUUGAAUGCAGUCAUGGGACUCCAACAGCCCUCAGGGACGGCAGAAUGCUACAUCAGAACGCCUAAGGCUGAUAGCUCUGAGAAGGAAUUGGCGGUGAGGGCAGCCGCAGCGUCCAUAUAUUCAACAUGCAAUUUUUUCAUGUCAAAAGAGAACGUCUCAUGUUUCUGAGCCUCUUCUUGAUGCUGCCUCUGUAUAUUUUUUUUUUUUUUAAUGUUGUUGCCAUUUUAACCAUCGACUUCAUCAUAUUGACAUAGGGAUUAGGAUUGACUUGUGCAUUUAGCAGCAGAAUACAAAUUAAGAAGCGGAAAUGUAGCCUUCCAUGAGUGAAGUAUGUUUACUUUACCCUCUGAUUGUGAUUUGUGAGUGACAAUUUUGCUUCUUUGCAGAAGGUUUAUAGUAACAAUUGUUUGAUGACGGAUUGAUGUUCUUCAGAAAUCUUUCAAUCCAAUAGAGUUAGGGGAUUCUC